AUGAGAUCAAAGCUGCGACACGAAUGCCCACAAGAUUCCGCCUAUGACCCUGAAACUGGGACUUGCUGCCAAAAAUGCGAACCGGGUUUUGGCGUGGCGUUGCCUUGCACGAAGCACAAUGACACUGUCUGCUCGCCCUGUACAGACGGAGUCACAUACUCGCCGGUGUCCAGCUAUGAACAGGUGUGUCGACCAUGUUCUCAGUGCCCCGCGAAAUCCUUCCCUGUGCACAAGUGCAAUUCUACGCAUAAUACCAAGUGCGAAUGUACCCAAGACUUCUUUUACCAGUCGGACAAAAACAUGUGCACUCCAUGUCGUCGCUGUCGACCCGGGGAGACCAUGGUUCGUCCGUGUUCAUCGUCAGUGAACACGGUCUGUGAGGCAUGUCCUCCAUUCACCUACACAAAGUCGUACAAUUACCGUGGGCCGUGCCUGAACUGCUCCAGAUGCAAAGCCAACCAGAUGCUCAAGCACCCGUGCACGAAAUUUCAGGAUAUUCAUUGCCUUGACUUAGAAGUAUUCGAAGAUGGCAAUAAAGACUCAGAAGAAUCUGGCAAAAGUCUUAUUUACGUAUGCUGCACGUUGUUGGGAACGCUGUUGCUGGUUUUGAUUAUCUAUGCAAUCGUUAAAAACAAUCAGAUGAAGCUGUGCUUUCGCUCGUGCUACUACAGUUCGGGAAAAAGUUUCGGUUGUCGACGGCAGUUGAACAGCGCUCCCAGUGGUCAGAUGCAGAAACAGCCCAAGGUUGCAAAACGCUUAGUGAAUCAGAGCGAUUUUCUCCUGCCAAUGUUAGUAGCUCAUGACUCCUCACUUCACACCCUGUUACCAAGCACACUGAAAGAUUUGAAAAAAAGCUUCAGCAGCGGCUUGGAAGAAAGCAACUGGGAAGCGUUUGCUAAGGCACUAGUCCCAACGGCAGCCGUAAAAUUUUGCCAUCAAUCCGGAUACGGUCGGUUAUCGGGUCACGGUAGAAUAACGGACCCUUACCCGAAGUUGCGACCUGAUACUGAGUUCAACAAUAGCAUGAUAUCCAAGAACACCGCGAUGAGCGAGCAGAUUCGCAAAGCAUGCAGAAAUCGAUGGCUGCGAAUGAUCGUGGCUUAA